UCCUCUUACAAAACCAUCGCGCAGCUUCUUUUUAUCUUUUCCCCUUCCUUUUUCUUUUCCUUUUGGUUCAUCGUCGCUCAUCUUCUUCACAAGCCGCCGCCGUUCACGUGAAGCUCACCACCGGUGAAGCCAAUUGUCGCUCAAUUUCCCGUUACUUGAUCUUCUCCUUGGCGUGGUUGUGUUGUCGCCACUGAUCUGUUUUGGUAAGGAAAAUGGUGACAGAAAUCAUGUCCAACAUUGCUGUUAAAGUUUCCAAAUAUAAUGGGUCUCCCACAAAUUAUAUAUAUGCUAGUACAAACGUUGUAGACUUUUUGAAACAGAACAAAAGUAAUUUUUCGAGUUCUGGGCCAAUUGGAAGAAAAAAAUAUGUUGAGUAUCGUAGUUUUGUUUAUAAAGUGGAAGAGAAUAAGUCUUUAGGCUUAAAUUGUGUGGCGAUGAAUCCCACACAAAUGGAAUGCUUGGGAACAAACGAAGGACAUGCUAUUGUUCUUGGCCAAUUUUCUUUUCCUGAAGGAGAUUUUGCACUCAAAAGCUUGGAGUUGGAAGUCAAUCCACCAAUGCCAGAUGUUUUAAAGGAAAAAUUGCAUAAGCUGCUUGAGAAUCAGGUUGUAAUCAAAUCGCAGAAAAUUCUUAUGGAUGUUGAGGGUAUUCAUUAUAAUCUUAUUGUCCAUGCUUUGAGUAGAGAAAGAGGAAUAAUAUCUUCAAAUACAACUCUUCAGCUGAGGAAACCUAUUCUUCAUCUUGAUCAGAAUUUCGAUCUCAAAUCAGUUGGUUUAGGUGGGUUGCAAAAACAAUAUGACAAAAUCUAUCGGCAAGUGAUUGUACCACGUCGUAUGGUUGCAAAAGGAUUAAAAGUAAAAUGUCCUCGUGGGAUACUUCUUUACGGACCCCCUGGAACUGGGAAGACGGCUCUUGCGAAAGUAAUUUCCCACCAUUUUAGCGAUCAAGAAGCAAAGAUCAUCAAGGGACCUGAAAUUUUCAAAAAAUUUGUGGGAGAGUCUGAGCAAGCGGUUCGAGAAAUAUUUGAAGAUGCCGGAAAAGACUUUAAAGAGCAUGGAAAAGAGAGUAAGAUACACGUCAUUGUAUUUGAUGAACUUGAUUCAAUUGCUGGGCAUAGAGAUGGAGGUAGUGGUGGUUCGAUGGCGAGAGAUUUAGUUGUAAAUCAACUAUUAACUAUGAUUGAUGGCCCGGAUAGCUUGGACAAUAUUCUUGUCAUUGGUACAACAAAUAGGAUAGAUUUAAUUGAUCCUGCUAUUUUAAGACCUGGUCGUUUUGAAGUCCAUAUUAAGAUGCACUUGCCGAGUAUCCAAGAAAGAUCGGAGAUUUUGCAGCUACAUGUGUCAUCGAUGAUACAACAUCCCUCUUCAUCCACUGAUGUUAAUUUUGAGGAAAUAGGUAUUUGAUUAUUUUAUCUUUAUUAA